AUGCCCCCAAGCUGGAGAGAUGAGUACCUGUCAUCACUGCGCGAAGCAGAGAAAAACAACCCCGUCAACCGGGAUCUGGUGUUGGCUUGCUCCCAGCUCAACGACCGCAUCGCCGCCCUCGAGGCCGAGAAGGCCGCAUGGCAGGCGUCUUCGCCCCUGACAUCAACACCCACCACGAAAGAUACGGGAGCUGGAGGCAAGGCUGCGGCGACGGAUGCGGAUCCCGGUGUCGCGCGGCUGAGGCUCGAUCUCGCCGAGGCGUUGCGGGCAAAAGGCCAGCUAGAGUCGAGGCUGCGAAAGGCGGAGGAGGAGCGGGACCAGCUGCGCUCGGGCAAGACGACGGAUAACAGGGCGAUCCGAGAGAUGACGGCGGAGAGGAACACGUUGCGGGUGAAGCUCCGGGAUAAAGAGGAGGAGCUUCGAGGCAAGACGAAGUUGUUAGAGGACCUACAAGAUGAGGUUUUGGCGUUGAACCUACAACUCAACGUCGCCGAGCAGCAAAAGGCCAAGGUGCAGGCGGAGAAUAAGCAGCUGGUCGAUAGAUGGAUGAAGAGAAUGGGCCAAGAGGCUGAAGCAAUGAACCUCGCCAACGAGCCGCUAUUUGCAAAGCGACGAUGA